CGAUUUUGGCGCGAAGUGAAUACAGUCCCGUCUUGGGUGGACUGGGAACAGAUUGAGCGAGGACAGGAUGUCUUUUAUCGUUACGGAACGGCGGUUCUGACCGGCUUGACAUAUCAGAGCCUGCUUGGUGGCAUGGGAGCCGCAAGAGUGGUAGAGACUCUUGCGCGGACUGGAGGGUUUUCGACCAAAGUCGCGAGAGGCAGGCUGUUUGAGACUACUCAACAUCUUCUGCAGUGCACAAAAUCAGUCGAAAGUAUAAAGCCUGGUGGCGAUGGCUGGGCAUCAACAAUCCGAGUGCGUCUAUUGCAUGCUGCGGUCCGGAACCGUAUAUUGAAGCUUGCAUCGACGAGAUCAGGCUACUACGAUGUCCAGGCUUGGGGCAUACCGAUUAACGAUCUCGACUCCAUGGGCACCAUCGUCACUUUCUCCGCAACACUCAUAUGGCUAAGCCUGCCACGACAAGGCGUCUUCCUGAGUCGGCAAGAGAAAGCGGAUUAUGUUGCAUUGUGGCGAUACAUUGCAUACGUCAUUGGAUGUCCGACUGAUCACCUCGAAAGUCCAGACCAAGCUCGCCGACUAAUGGAAGCACUGCUCCUUUACGAGAUCCAUCCCACUGAGACGUCGAAGAUUAUGGCAAAUAACGUCAUAAAGUGUCUCGAAGGUCAGCCACCAGGGUACGCUUCGGCCGACUUCUUGAGCGCAUCUGCACGGUGGCUGAACGGCAGCGCUCUUUCUGAUGCGCUUGGUCUUAUGCGACCAAGCCUGUAUUAUUGGGCGCUUAUGGCCGGCCAGUGUAUCUUUGUCUGCGCUUUUUCGUAUACCAACCGCGCAGUGCCGUCCUGGGAUCGCAAGAAGAUCGAUCUGCUGAAGAGGGUAUUCUGGCAGGUAAUUGUGGAUGCGAAGUACGGUCUUAAAGGGAAGGAGAGUACGUUUGAGUUCAAGUACGUGCCCGAAUACACGACUAUAACGGAGCUUGGAGAGUGCGUGGAAGAGAAGGGAACAAACUCAUAUGUUGAGAGGCGGAAUCUGAAGGCUUUCCUCAUUGCGGUCGGCGCCAUGGGAGUCGGAACGUUUGUGGCAUUCAAGGUGGUCAGCGGCAUUGUGCGAUCUAUUUUCUAGCCUUGUCCAACCGUUAGGAGCUAUGAU